GCGGCGCGUGCGCGAGCGGUGCAGCACCGGCCGCGGGAGCAGGGAGUAUUAUGGGCUGUGGGUGCCGCUGAGCAAGAUGGAGCUGUCUGCAGUGGGCGAGCGGGUCUUCGCGGCCGAAUCCAUCAUCAAGCGGCGGAUCCGAAAGGGGCGCAUCGAGUACCUGGUGAAAUGGAAAGGGUGGGCGAUCAAGUACAGCACCUGGGAACCCGAGGAGAAUAUUCUGGACUCUCGGCUUAUUGCCGCCUUCGAGCAGAAGGAGAGGGAACGUGAGCUGUAUGGGCCCAAGAAGAGGGGACCCAAACCCAAAACUUUCCUCCUGAAGGCGCGGGCCCAGGCCGAGGCCCUCCGCAUCAGCGAUGUGCACUUCUCCGUCAAGCCGAGCGCCAGCGCCUCCUCGCCCAAGCUACACUCGAGCGCGGCCGUGCACCGGCUCAAAAAGGACAUCCGCCGCUGCCACCGCAUGUCCCGCCGCCCGCUGCCCCGCCCAGACCCCCAGGGCGGCAGCCCCGGCCUGCGCCCCCCGAUCUCGCCCUUCUCGGAGACGGUGCGCAUCAUCAACCGUAAGGUGAAGCCUCGGGAGCCCAAGCGGAACCGCAUCAUCCUGAACCUGAAGGUCAUGGACAAGGCGCCGGGCGGGGGCGCUGCGGGCCAGGGCGCCGGGACCCUGGCCCGCCCCAAAGUCCCCUCUCGGAACCGGGUCAUCGGCAAGAGCAAGAAAUUCAGCGACAGCAUCCUGCGCACCCAGAUCCGCCACAUGAAGUUUGGGGCCUUCACGCUGUACAACAAGCCCCCGCCCACCCCGCUGUCUACACCACCGGCCAGCAAGGCCGACGCCGGUGCAUCCCAGGGCCCUGGGCUGCUCCUGGGCGCCGCCCCCGCCCGCUACGACGCCCACAGCUCCAGCUCCUCGGGCUGCCCCUCACCAGCACCGCAUUCCUCCUCCGACCCCGAUGACGUGCCCCCCAAACUGCUCCCCGAGACCUUGAGCCCAUCGGCCCCCGACUGGCGGGAGUCGGAGGUGCUUGACCUGUCCCUCCAGGCCGAGUCGGCUGCCACCAGCAAGCGGGUGUCCCCUGACGUUGCUGCCGCGGGCCAGGCGCCCCCCGUAGUCCCCGAGCUUGCCGGUGCCUCUUCCGAGCCGGAGGCCGGGGACUGGCGCCCCGAGAUGUCCCCCUGCUCCAACGUGGUGGUCACUGAUGUCACCAGCAACCUCUUGACCGUCACCAUCAAGGAAUUCUGCAACCCUGAAGAUUUCGAGAAGGCAGCGGCUGGCGUGGUGGCUGCCGCAGGGGGAGGUGGUGGCAGUGGAGCCAGCAAGUGAGGGGCCCCACCCAAGGAGGAAGCUUUGGGAGAGGUCUCCUACCCAAGCCGCCCUCCUGUACCCCACCCUCACCCGCCUGUGCUUUGCUUGUUGGAAUGGCUCAGUCUUGACCCUGGUAUGGGACUGGGCCCUGGAGCCCGGAGCCCAGUGGGCUGGAAGUGGGCUGAUGUCCUGGGAGACAUCAGGGCUGGACCAGGGGCACCUAGGUGUGCCCCCUCCGGGAUCCCACCUUUGUCUUGUACACAGUGGGUCCUGCUGUGUGGGUUCUGGGGAGCCCCCAGAAUCUAGGGUUCAGCUGUCCCCUCCACAGCCCACCCCCACCCUCCAGCUUACUCCCUGCACUUGUGGACGAUGUCAGUUCUUGGUGCUGCCUGGCAGCUGUGGGGGCCCGGUAGACACCCCCACCCAGGGUGGGCACAUCCCUAUCCCUCCAGUUGCCUGGGCAGAGGGGCAGGGACUGGUUUCUGCCUUGGGCAAGCCCCCUGGACAGAGGUCAGGGACAGGGCCAGGCUCAGUCUCUGCCUCCCCCUCGGAGGCAUUCCAGCGUCCAGCGUCGUCGACAGACCCCUUCAGUUCUUGACCAAAGGUGCUGUGAGAGCCUGCUGUGGACACUCGCUGUGUGCGUGUGCAUCCGCCACCCUCGUGUGUUUGUGCGUGUACCCGUAUGUGCAUUGGGCUUUAGGCCCCAGGCUUCCAGAUGGCACCCUGACGGUUGCUCAGAAUGAACAGGGUCCUCAAAAGCUCACACCCCCGCCUCCCCAUCCCCUCGGGUCUGAAGAGGUGGUGGCAGGAGCCACUAGGCCUGCCCUCUCAGCCAGCCAUGUGCUGAGGGCGUGUGCCCUCCGCCUCCGGGGUGGUCAGCUUGACCAGCCAAGCCUUCGCUGCCCAUGCAGCAUGGCGGGGACUGGGGGGGGGGCACCCUUCCCCCCACUCCAAGCUUCUCUUUACUCCCAGGGAGGAAGGGGGAGCUUGGCCCCCUCCCCUGGGAGGGCUCCCCAACUCCCCUCACCCCCCUCUCUUUUGCUUCCAACACUGAGGCUUUCCCACAGACCAGCCUGCUCCGAGCAGCCAGAUGCCUCUGAAGCCCUGGCCGCCCCACUUCCCCAUGUGCUACCAGGGGGCCAAGGCCAGGCCUGGGAGAACAGGCAGGCCAAGAGGGCAAGGGUAUUUGGUCUCAGGGGGGUGGGCAUCAGUGUGCUCUGGGGGACACGGCCCCAGGCCUGGCUCCCGCGUGGCUGUGACAUGUGCAGCUGCUUGGUGCUUUUCAUUCAGUAGUGGUUAGCCUGCAGGUGGGAGAUCCCAGCUGCCUGAAGGGGGUGCCUCGGUCCCCAACUUGGGGGGACACUCCCUACCAGGGAUUUGGCACAGCCCGUCCCACCCCCCAGGAUGUCAAACUGGGGCCUUCAGAGGAGGGAGGGCCUCAUGCCCGUACCCCACCCCGCCCCUGUGUUGGCUCUGUGGCCCUCCAAGUGCCAAUCGGUUUUAUCCCCCAAAUAAGGGCUGGCAUUUCUCCUCCAUCCUUGGAGGGGAUUUCCCCCUAACAUUCCCUUCCCCCCAGGUGAGCGACCACCUGGAUCCCUGUUACAGGUGUUCCCAGAGACCAUAGAAAUGUGUUUUCCAGAGGGUCCGUGUCAUUUGUGACGUUUUUUGUAAAGAAGUUGUGUUUUCAGAGGUGGUUUUAUGACAGGAAAGUGAAAGAAUUAGUUUUGCAAAAAAAAAAAAGGAAAAAAGAGGAAAAAAAUAUUUGUGGGAUUCCUAUGGGGUGGGGGGGAGAAUGAUAUUUAAAGAAAAAAAAAAAGUAACGCAGUGAUUGCACAGGGAGGUGGCAAUGUGAGGGGAGGGGAUGGUGGCCAGGACCUGGCUGGUGGGUCCCCCAGAGGCACCGUGGGGACAGCCCUGAGGCCAGCUGACCUCCUUUCUUGGCCCAAGGCAGAGGGAGUGUCUCUGCUGUGGCUGUGGCGGGGCGGGGGCCCAGACUUCCUCCAUAGCGUAUCCUUAUCAGAGGGAACUAGGCGGAAGCUGCCAGGGAAGUGGAGGCUGAGGGGAGUUGAGCUCUGGGACAGGGUGAGGGGGGCCUCUGGGGCCCUCCACCGUUGCCAUGGCCCACUGUUGGCGACUUGGUAAGGGACAUUUGAGCAGUUCCUCCUCCAUUCACUUGCCACUUUAUUGGGCCUUCUGGUCUACCUCCCCGACACAAAGACCAGGGCAGCCGCCCCACUCCCAAGCUUCCCUGGCCAGGAAAGGGUGCAGGUUUCAGGAAGAAAGCAGCUGUGGGCCCUGGGAGCUCCAAGGAUUAGUGGCCACCGAAGGGAGAAGGGGCCUGUCUCGUGCUUUCCAUGAGCUCCUUGCUGCCCAGUGUCCUCAGUCUGAGAGCAGGUGGGGCACCGGAUGGAGCAGAGCCCCCUUUACCUCUCUCCCAGGUGGCUCUGAGCUGCAUGACCAGCCUCUCAUGCCCUCCCACCCCCUGCUGCGUUCCCACUAGCCUGCCCACCUAGCAGGAGCUGCGGUCCGCUCUGCUUUGAUUUUUAUAUGCGAACUGUGUGUUUUUCCCUCCCACCCCACAGCACCCCACUGCCACUCCCUCCCUACCUGAUAGAGGAAGCAGGUGAAGGCUGGGUCUAGCUGGAGACUGCCCGCUGGCCCCUGGCUCCUCCCGUUUUCUUCUGGCCCGCAGGUUGCCCUGCGCUGGAAUGGGUGUGUUGGCUAAUAAGCCACCAGGGCCGAGCAGCAGGUGGUGCCUGGGUCUCCUCACUGCCACAGCGCUCCUCUCCUCCCUGCACAGGGGUCAAAGUCACAGUGAGCCUCUUCUAAGAAUUGGCAAUGAGCGGUCCCUAGCCUCAGUGAGAGGUGGGCGAACUGGUGGUGUUCCCCCGCCCAGUUCAGAGAUGAGCAGACAGGCCAGCUGCUCAGGAAGGCCUGAGGUGGGGCCAGGGCUAGAGGCUGUGCCUGGGAGGGGACUUUGUGGGAGGAGCCAAGGGACACUACUGCCCCACCUUCUGGUUUGGUUUGCACUUCCCCCAUGCCGGCAGUGGACCCCACCCCACCUCCCGGGGUUGGUCCACAGCCCACCCACCCCAGCCCUGGCCCAGACGGCCUCAUUGGAGCGUGUCUGACUUAAGGAAUCACUUGCAGAGAGAAAGAAGAAACAAAAAGGAAAGUUGGUUGGGUUUUUUGUCUCUUAUUUCUGUCUGCAUUCCCUUGGAGUCAGAGUGCCCAAGAGAGUGGGGUUCCUCAACUCUGCCUUCCCACCUAUCGCCAAGAUGGGGAGCGGAGACACCGGUGAGUGGGUGCCAGGCCUGCCCAGGUGUGUGUGGCUGCCCCCACCUUGCAGGAGUCUGGGCCCACUGUGGGUGCUGCCAGGCAGUCAGCUGGGCAGAGGCCAUGGGGCGUCCCCACUGUUGGGCCCCCGGGGAGACAGCCCUUUUUGUUGAUUUUAAUUUAAAAACACAAAAGGCUUAAAGAAUUAUGUACCUUAUCUUUUCUUGUUUUGUCUUUAAUUUUUGGAAAGCUCAUUUAAUGGCUUGUGCACGGAUUGAAUUCUAUAUAUAUGAUAUACCUAUAUAGCUCUAUAUUGGGGGAGGGGUGCUGUCUUCUCUCGCUCUCAUUUUUCAAAUGAAGUGUCGUUGCCUUUGUGUGUGGUUUGACCAUCCAGCUCCCGGCUGGCUAAGCUUUGCCUCCCGUGGGUCUAAGAUAGGAAAGUAGCAGGGCGGGUUGGGGAGUGUGGGGUGCCCUCCCUGCAGCCCUCCUGCCCUUCUCUCAGCAGAGAUUUCGGGUGCAGAAGACAGGGUGGGGUUUGGGUUCUGUUUCGGAGCCGGGUGGUGCCGGUGACUCGUCUUGUACGUCUGUUCUGCUGCUCCUCAAUAUUGUAUCAAUGCCAGGAAUGGGGCGCAAAGAGCCUCUAUUACCCCCCCCCCCAAAUAAAUUGUCACAUUCCGAAAUGAAAGCCCCACCCUG